CAUUGUCAGAUAUUAGACCAAUUUGUAACAGUUUCAGAUAGAGGCCCCAAUUUGGAUGGAUUCGGCUAGGUUUGAGUUUACAUGUCAUAAAGUUUAUGUUAGGAGCUGAAAGCACAAGCUUUAUGACAUGUAAAGUUUAGUAAGAUGAAGCAGCUUUGGUGAUAGCAUGGGUAAUUAAGUGCUAAAAUGCUCAUUUUUUGUGGAAAUAAGUUGAGCCUUUAACUCUCGAUUUAUGCAUUUUUUUAUUAUUUCCAGGUUGUACCAACAAUUUGCUGAAUAGGGAUUUGGAUUAAUAAUAUUGUGUUAAUUGUAUUUCGUACGCUCUGGUAAAUUUGUAUUCCCACUGUUGGCUCAAGAGUAAUAACUAUAUCCUGUAAUGGGAAAGUUAUACAGUACUGCCCAUAACUUUUAAAAAUGAAAUACUAAUGUAGUUUAUUGUAUUAUUACUUCUGAAUUCUAUUUCUUGCAACUAAUAUAAAAUUUCUAGCUACCUACUAGCAUGUUGCAGAUAUUCUUAAAAGAAGCCAGCUUUAAAUAUCCCUGCUUCUAUAGUGUUGUCCAGUUUAGCAGGAAGACAAACUUUGUUUGGUGACAGCCCUUAGUGUUGCGGGGAAAUGGACAUUCAAUUUAUGUUGGAGUAUUGCCAAAAACAAAAUGUGCUCAAGUACCCAAGUGUUGCAUGUUACCUGUGGAAAACAAAAAUGAAUAAGACAAGCCAAGUUGGCUGGUACUGCUGUUGUACAAGAAAAUAUCUCAACGUCUUAGCUCUGGAUAGUCUAUAGGGAUGGGUGGGACCAACAAGAAAUUUCUUACCUGAUAGUGACUCGGUUAUGUAAAGCAACUCUAAACACAUGAAUAGUAUUGCAAGGUAAAACUGUGCCUAUUCCUUUUGGAAUAUUUCUUUGAAAACGGAACAUGAAUUCUAGUUAUCAGAUCCACAGCUCAUAUUCAAGUGAGCUUCCCAAGUGGAAGUUUGUUUGAAAAAUGUUUUCCUGGGAUUCCUUUUUGCCUUCCUGUUUUUACCAUUAGCAGUCUCGUCAGCAUGCAUAUCCUGCCAUUAUAAAGGUGCACCAAGCUUCCAAUGGGAAGCUCUUGAGGAGAUACUGUAAUGAAACAUGGCUCCUCUGACCCCAAGAUUAGUAGUGCCCAUAAAUGUGAAGAAGCAGCCAUGGGAGCAAAAGGUCCCUCUCCAUAACUGCUGGCAUCCAGAUAUCCCUCCUGUUGCUGAUGUAACUGAAGGGGAAUUGUUCCGUGUUGAGAUGGUUGAUUGGAGUGGAGGCCGGGUUAGGGAUGAUAACUCUGCAGAUGAUAUGAAAUCCAUGGAUUUCACAAUUGCUCAUUAUCUUAGUGGUCCGCUAAGAAUAGUUGAUUCUGAAGGGGUUCCAGCUUCACCUGGUGAUCUUCUAGUAGUAGAGAUCUGCAACCUUGGACCACUUCCUGGCGAUGAGUGGGAUUAUACUGCAAUACUCGAAAGGGAGAAUGGUGGUGGAUUCUUAACUGACCACUUCCCUAGCGCAAGAAAAGCCAUUUGGUAUUUUGAAGGAAUUUAUGCAUACUCCCCUCAGAUACCAGGUGUUCGUUUUCCAGGAUUAACUCAUCCUGGUAUGGUAGGAACUGCACCAUCAGUUGAACUUCUUAAUAUAUGGAAUGAAAGGGAGAAAAGAUUGGCUGAGACAAACCAAGAGACCCUUAAACUGUGUGAAGUUCUGCACCAGAGGCCCCUUGUUCAUUUACCGACCCCUGAGAACUGCUUACUUGGGAAGAUCCAAGAGGGAACUGCUGAAUGGCACAAAAUUGCAAAUGGAGCAGCUAGAACCAUUCCUGGAAGGGAGAAUGGUGGGAACUGUGACAUAAAGAAUCUAAGCAGAGGUUCAAAAGUUUAUCUACCGAUAUUUGUUGAAGGAGCAAACCUUAGUACUGGUGAUAUGCACUUCUCCCAGGGCGAUGGCGAAAUUUCAUUGUGUGGAGCAAUUGAAAUGAGCGGAUUCCUUGAGCUCAAGUGUGAGAUCAUAAGAGGUGGGAUGAAGGAAUACUUAACCCCAGUUGGUCCAACACCACUUCAUGUGAAUCCUAUCUUUGAGAUAGGUCCUGUUGAGCCACUUUUGUCAGAGUGGUUAGUGUUUGAGGGCAUCAGUGUGGAUGAGUCUGGGAAGCAGCAUUUCCUUCUUGAUGCAUCAGUUGCCUACAAACGUGCAGUUCUGAAUGCCGUUGAGUACCUUUCCAGAUUUGGGUACUCCAAGGAGCAGGAUAUCUGGAAUAGUAGACUCUCCUAACGCAGUGACAACUCUUGCCAUCCCUACAGCAAUAUUUGACUAGGUCUGCUGACAACUGCUCAGCCCAACGCAAUUUCCUACUUGUUUUAAAACUUCAGUGUUUAAUAUUUCAAUUUCUAAGGCAGGAUAUAAAACCAAAACGCUUGAGCGGGAGACCACUUCCAGGACCAAAAUUGAGAAGGCUUCCAGAUCUUCUGAGCUGCUCAAACGAUGGACACCUGCCUGUCACCCAAGGCAAAAGUGGCACAUGAGCGCCCUAG